UCGGUUCAGUUCUCACACGGUGUCCGUGCUGAGUGUCAGUGAUGGCGGCUGUCUCCGCUCACCGAGUCCUGAUAUACGGAGGGAGAGGAGCGCUCGGCUCCACCUGCGUCCGCCACUUCAAAUCCCACGGCUGGUGGGUGGCCAGUAUUGACAUUGCGGCAAACGAAGAAGCCAAUGCUAAUGUGCUCGCGAAGAUCUGCGAAAGUUUCUGUGAGCAUGCGGAGCAGGUGACAUCAGAUGUGGCUCGGCUGCUGGGAGACCAGAAAGUGGACGCCAUCGUGUGUGUGGCUGGAGGAUGGGCCGGGGGAAACUGUGCCUCCAAAGACGUGUUUAAGAACAGCGAUUUGAUGUGGAAACAGAGCGUCUGGACGUCCACCAUCUCCACCUAUCUAGCCUCUCAGCACCUCAAGCCUGGAGGUUUGCUCACGCUGACCGGAGCCAAGGCUGCUCUCAGCGGAACUCCAGGUAUGGUGGGUUAUGGCAUGGCGAAGGCAGCAGUGCAUCAGCUGUGUGAAAGUCUGGCUGGAAAGAACAGCGGGCUUCCUGCAGGCGCCGUAGCCGUGGCCAUCCUCCCGGUUACCUUGGAUACGCCGAUGAACAGGAAAUUCAUGCCAGACGCAGACUUCAGCAGCUGGACGCCAAUGGAAUACAUCGCAGAAUUGUUCUACAGCUGGGCCACUGGGUCAGCGCGGCCAGCCUCAGGCAGUCUGAUCCAGCUGGUGACGUCAGGAGGAAAGACAGAGGCCACGCCGGUCCAGUAACAACCAUGAGACGAGAAUAGGAGGAGAAGGGCCGGAUAAAAUAAAUGUUCAGUGUUCAGCUGGAUGAAAAGAAAUAAAAGGGCAAAGAAAUUAUGUUUUGAGAAAA